UAUAUAUAUAUGUGUGUGUGUGUAUAUAGAGGCGCCCUUUUUUCUAGACCAUUCCGAGGCUGCUAUUUUCUCGCGUCGUUGGGGUUAGGGCUACCGCGUAUCCAUAUCUGAUCUGUGAUUUGGGACGGAACCCUAACCUUUGAAAUCAACCAUGUCGACCAAGCAAGGUGGAAAAGCCAAGCCUUUGAAGCAGCCGAAGACUGAAAAGAAAGAGUACGACGAGCUUGACAAGGCAAACAUUCAAAAGAAGAAGGAUGAAGAAAAGGCACUGAAGGAGCUUAGAACCAAGGCUCAGCAGAAGGGGGCAUUUGGAGGAUCUGGACUCAAGAAAAGUGGGAAGAAAUGAGCUUUCUCUGGAGCAGACUGCAAUUAAGCUAUUAAGGUGUUAUAACUAAUGCAUGUUAGAUGUGCUUGGUUGGUCAUGGUAGCUUUGCUGGUUUCUGUUAAGUUGCUUUACCUUUAAGGAAGAGUGUCCCAUGUAUUGUCUUAAUAAAUUUGAUGCUGAACUUUGUUGUGGUUUUUCCACUUAAACAUGUGCCGAAUUUGUUUAUGGUUUGGCUUGGAUUGACAUCGACAGGGACAGGCUUCAACGCCGUGCAAUGGUAAAAUGCCAACUAUUUUCUCAUA